CGCCAUAUAUCAAACAAUGUCACAAAGGAGACCCUGAGGUUAUAGAGUGUUUCAAAGAAGCGAUUCAUCACCUGCGACCCUACUUGAAAAAGGGAAUCAAAGAAAUUGAACUGCCUUCUGUUGAACCGUUCAAAAUGGAAGAGUUAUCAUUAUCUCUAACAACAGGACCAAAUGGGUAUAAGGUCUCUUUGAAGAAUAUUGAUGUUUUCGGUGCCAGUCAAUUCACUGUCAGGACCUUGAAGUUGAGUACAGAUAAACAACCCUUCGAAACUAAAAUACCCCUAUUGAAAAUUGAAUCAAGAUAUGAGAGCAGCGGUGUAUUGAUUAUUUUACCUGCUAGUGGAAAUGGAACUUUCAAUGGACACUUAGAUGACAUUCUUGCCACUGUGAGAGGGACUGUUAGUGUACAAGUAAAAGAAAAAAAGAAGUAUCUGCACGUUGAUACAUUGACGGUGGAUCUAGAUGUCAAGGAUGUGGGCUUGGAAGUGAAGAAUAUUUACAAAAAUAACAUGAUUUUGACUCAAGCAAUCAAUUUAUUUUUACGCCAGAAUGGUAUGGAAGUGUUCAAUGUUAUGCUGCCACAGCUGAAACUGAAACUCGCUGGAUUGUUUAUGAGUAUUUGCAACUCUUUGCUCUCACAUAUACCAAUGGAUACGUUCUAUGUACCUGAAGAAGGAAUCAAGAAGUGAUAGUUUUUAUGUGGUGGUAGAUUAGAUAUAGAUUUAUGUAUUUAUGUACAAACUAGUUAAUUUUUAUUAAAAUCGAGAGAGUUUGAAGUU